AUGAGCUUUGUGGAUCUUAGUUUUGUGAGGGAUUGGGUUCACACGGUUAACAUGCUCCCUUCUCUUAAAGUGCUUUGCUUGCACGAAUGUGACCUUAAUAGUACUGUGCCUGCUAGUAAUUUACAUUCCAACUCCAACCUCUCGCACCUUGAGGUCCUUGUUAUGUCUGAGAACAACUUCUAUACAUCACUCAAGCACAACUGGUUCUGGAAUCUUACAAGCCUCAAGGAGCUCUACCUCUCAUUUUGCGGCUGGAAUGGGUCCGUUCCCAGUGAACUGGGAAACAUGAUGUCGCUUCAGGUCAUAGACUUGAGGUGGAACAAUCUUGAGAGUUUGCUACCAAGAAAUUUAGAAAAUUUGUGUGAUUUGGAGGUAUCGGCAUUUGAUUUUAACAACAUUAACACGAGCAUGUCUGAGUUCAUGGAUCGAUUGCCAAUGUGUUCAUGGAAUACAUUGCAAGAGUUGUCAGUACAGUAUACAAAUAUGACCGGAAAUCUACCCGUUUGGAUUAGGAACAUGACCAAUCUGAGUGUUCUCCGUGCAUCUGGAAACAUGAUGGCUGGCCCUCUACCCGUAGGAGUUCGAGCACUUGGUAAUUUGAAAGAACUAGACCUAGGAUACAAUAACUUCAACGGUGUGCUCUUGAAAGAUCAUUUCACAAGUUUAGGAUACAACAACUUCAGCGCCGUGCUCCUCAGGGAACAUUUCACAAGUUUAGGUAAUUUGAAGUUUUUGGACCUCAGCUACAACAACUUCAGCGGUGUGCUCCUCAGGGAACAUUUUCCAAGUUUUUGUAAUUUGGAAUGGUUGGACAUCAGCUACAACAACUUCAACAGUGUACUCCUCAAGGAACAUUUUGAGAGUUUACGUAAUUUGAAGUUGUCAGACCUUGGCUGCAAGAACUUCAGUGGGGCAUUGUCUUCAGACCUGAAAGCUCCAUUUCUAGAAGAGUUGUUGCUUUCAAAUAAACAGAUUGGAGGCAUGAUACCAUCAUCUUUAUGCCGAUUGGCUAGUCUGCAACGGCUGGACCUACCAGGAAACAAGUUCACAGGAGAUGUUAUGCAAUGCUUCAAGGAGUUUGGUGCAAACUCUACAAAUCAGUUUGGCUCCCAAAUGCUCAGUCUAGCCUUGAACAACAAUGAUCUCUCCGGUGCAAUACCAUCUGGACCACAGCUACAAACUCUUGACAAUCAGAUGUAUAUAUACAUGGCCAACCCUGGUCUUUGUGGUCCUCCUCUCUCCAAGAAUUGUUCGGCAAAUGAUGCAAAACAAAGCAGCCUUGAAGAUAUAAAUCAUGUGUCAUCUGUUUAUCUUGUCACGAGCAUAGGCUUCGUGGUGGGUCUUUGGUGA